CGAGUACGAGAGAGGAGAAGAUGGUACGUACUGCACCAGACAUAACUCCACUCCACUCCACUCCACCUCCACUGUCUGCCUCUCAACCUCCAAACUCUCCAUCUUGUCUCUCUCUCUCUCUGAUCUCCUCCUCCAUUGUCAGCCUCUUCUAUUCCUAUAUUCACUCGCUCGCUCUUCCUAUUAACCAGCUGUGCUUUUUCUCUCACUCUCGCUCCUCUGAAGACGCGCGACGACACGGGCACUUGGCUGAAUCACUCCUCCCUCCAUCCUGAGAAUCCUGGGAUCCCCCCGAUAAUUCCACGAAAACCCCCCCUCACCUACAAUCGCGCGGGACAAACAUACAAACUUCGAAAGAGAUGUUUUCGCUCUAACACCAAACUUGAAUUUGUAGAAUUAUUGUCGAUUGCGAGCCCUCAGUCCUCUCUUGGGAUAUAUAUAGCUUCAGCCUGAGACACUCGUUACUGGCGUCUGUAAACGUCUUCUUGUCGAACUAUUUGGCUUUGUUGAGAAGUAGCACGAAUCUCGGAUUUCGUUGACGGAACGACCCCGAGAAAAGCCCCGCAACUGCCGCUCGAACCCCCAAACAACAAAUAUCUGUGCGGUUGGGCAAAGGUCCGAGCUGCUCAGAUCAGUCUGCAGAUAUAGGGCAGAGUCUGCCUUCGCCAGGGUUUCUGAGGCCCAUUAAGCAAGGGGUUUAAACGAAAGGAGGGGAACACCAUGGCGUCAAUACUAGCGGAUGUCAAUAAUCCAGCCGAAUAUAUACCACGGCAACAACCAUCCCCAGGAAAACAACGGAUGAUGGACUAUGGAUCGGCGGAUAGCUCAAAAGAGAACAGCGGAGACGAGAAGCCUCAAGCCGUUAUACCCAUGCAGUCCCAAGGCCGAUUGUACGAUGCUCCAUUAUCCCCAGUAACGAUCAACUUCCAGUCGGAAUGGGCAAGACCUUCCACAGCACAGAUUGAAACAGUGGGCACACAAUUACAAGAGAAUAACGGCAGCAAUCAAACAUCGGAAUCGUCGAGGUAUGAGAAUACAGACUCAGAGGCAACCGUUCAUGAUGUUGCAAAACGGAGGCAAUAUGGCUCCCAUAUUGUGGGGAGCCGCCAUGGAUCACAACAUGGCAUAUUGUCCAAUAUUGAGAGCACAGCUUAUGCGUCAUCUUCCAGCGGCCCUGUGAAGGAUGAUAGGGAGCAGGCACAAAGUGCCCCAGUUUCUGAUGCAAGCAGCACAUCUUCUGGGAACAAUGUCCAGGCAGCUCCUCCACUACAAUACCACCAUAUGCAGAGGCGAUCAGAUGAUUCCGGAAAGCUUGGCUUUGGCCAGGGGAAUGAACUCUCUGUAGGAAAUGGGGACAAUGGAGCUAACAUUAACCGCCACCUAACACCGUCGUCAAAUUACGGAGGACGACGCUCAUAUAUUCAGCGUCCUGCCUCGGCUUACUCUGUUAAUUCGGACUAUGGUGCAAGGGGCCGUUCUCCUAUUGUGCUUUCUCAGUCGCCCAGUUGGUCAGGGCGUGCUCUAUCCGCGCACUCUGGAACACCAGAUGGUAGUCGCCCAGCUUCGUAUAUCGACCUGUUAAAUGCGCCGUACCCUCAACCCCCGCCAGUUCCUCAUGCAAUGUUUGACAACUCGGGGCUCCGGUCUGCGGUUGGCUCUAAUGCCUCGCUUCUUAGUACCCAGAAGACACUCGAGAUGUACCGACUGAAUGUGAAGAAAACGAAUGAUGCUCAGACCCAAUAUGCAUUUGCUCUCCUAUUAAUCGACGCGGCGCGAGAAAUCGGCCUUACCGAACCCAACCCAGCAACUGGAAAGCAAAGCCCAAAGCUUGGCAGGGACCUGGAAAGCCCCUAUGUUGAAACGGCUGCUUCUUCUUCACAAGAUCUGCUCCGGGAAGCGCGUGCUAUCCUUCAGAAGCUUGCUGACCGUAGCUACCCUUACGCUCAAUACUAUCUUGCAGAUGGGUACGCCUCGGGCCUAUUCAACAAGGGCAAGGAGGACUACGACCGUGCUUUCCCCCACUUCACCGCCGCAAGCAAGCAUGGGCACGCAGAAUCUGGGUACAGAGCUGCAUUAUGCUACGAGUUUGGCUGGGGUUGCCGCAAGGACCCUCAAAAGGCCGUGCAAUAUUACCGACAGUCGGCGUCGAAAAACCACCCCGGUGCUAUGACACGACUUGGACGAGCGUGUCUUUCUGGAGACCUUGGCUUGAACAGGUAUCGUGAAGGAUUGAAAUGGCUGAAGCGGGCCACAGACUCAGCAGAUCCGCAAUAUAAUGCUGCUCCAUACCACCUAGGUCUGUUAUACGAAACUGGCUACGGAGACGACGUCUUCCAAGAUGAGACGUAUGCUGCUCAGCUUUUCACACAAGCAGCAGAUUUGGGACACGCGGAAGCUUGUUACAAACUUGGAGAUGCAUAUGAGCAUGGGAAGCUAUCCUGUCCUCGCGACCCUGCCCUGAGCGUCCAUUUCUACACUGGCGCGGCACAGAAGGGACAAGCAUCCGCAAUGAUGGCCCUUUGCGCCUGGUACAUGGUUGGAGCUGAGCCGAUUCUGGAGAAAGAUGAGAAUGAGGCAUAUGAGUGGGCUCGUCGCGCUGCGGAAUGCGGCCUGACGAAAGCCGAGUACGCAGUCGGCUAUUUUACAGAAAUGGGCAUCGGCUGCCGACGUGACCCUCUCGAGGCAAACGUCUGGUAUGUGCGCGCUGCCGAGGCAGGCGACGAGAGAGCACAAUACAGACUCGCAGCCAUCAGAGCUGCGGCCAGCGGUGGGAUUCCGAUGGAAGUGGCCGAGCCAAAGACGAAGAAGGGGAAGAAGCUGCAGCAGCUACAAGCCAGGACGAGCAGUUUGGGCGUUCCAAAUGGGCCUGCUACGCCAGGUCCUCAGGACUCGACCCCGCGAGGUCUCAGCACGGAGAGCCCUAAGAAGGACGACAAGGAGUGCGUGGUGAUGUAAGGGGAGUGUGACGGAUAACAGAGCUGCUCCAAGGAGCAGACUUUCCACGGGGGGUAAUUCUUUCAUGGCGGGUUGGGAGGGGCAAGUGUCAUUGGCGCUAGGUGGGGGAUCUUUUUUGGGUUUUUGCAAGGUGCAGGGAGGGUUUCCACGCGAGAUGGCAUUCAUCGUUGGCGCUUGCAUGCGAAUAUGGCGCGACGUCGGGGAAAAAGAGGGAACAAUUGUGCUUGAAAGGGGGAGAAUGGGGGGCGCGAAGCAAAUAAUAGACGAGGCGCCUCGUUGAUUGAAGACAUGAUUGAACGGCUUUGGGAGCUACUUAAUAUAGGACAGAGAGGAAAAAAUAAUAUGAAUGGAUGACGAGGUUAAUAGCCUUGCCUUAAUUAUGCUCUGCGUUUCUGAGAUGGCUGUGAAUACGGUUGGUCUGAAGAAAAGGGGCGGGUUUCUCUCGUUCAAUACCUAUUAGCUAUUUAUAGUCUAGACACUUAACAUCACUCUAUCCUUAAUACCAGAG